CACCGCUUUCGCAACAAUUUAACAAGUGACGUUGGUUCUUCAUGAAAAGCCCAGUUUCGCGCUUCCUGUCCUUGUUCGGACGGUCCAGCUAAACCGCACCGCACUAAUACUAAUACCCGCCGCUACCGUUCGCUCGCUCGUCGUCGUUAUUGUCUAUGGGAGAACUACAGGAAUCAGAUCAGUCGACGUACGCUAAAUCGGCACGGGACGAGGAGGAAGAAACCAUUGGCUACUAUCAACCUUCACAUCAUCUGCAGCCACCUAAAGAAACAAUCAUCAUGGGGGUGCACCAGGACCGGUGGUAUCACUACGUGAACAUGGGCUUGCUACGACGGAAGUUCGACCUCAAGCGGACGGUCGUCAUCGUCACAGCCGUCCUCACCUUUCUCAUGCUCGCCUUCGAGAUCACGCAUCACGAAUUAUACAGUCUCGUCCCCUUCCGGUCCAUCAGCGUCCCGGGACAAUGCACGACCUGGCCCGUCGGCCACGACGGGCGGUACACGCCCGAGACCGUCAUGGCGGCUCAGAGCAAUGAGACCUCCUCCACGACCUCCUCCGCGCCGCGACUCGACAGCCUGGCGCCGCCGGGCGGGUGGAAGAAGCCCGAGGGGAUCAAGGUCGUGGCCCUCAUCUUCUACGGCCGCAAGCGCACCGUCGACUUCCUGGACUGCUACAUCCAGCAGAACCUCGUCUCCAACGGCGGCUACCUCGACGAGGUCCGCUUCAUGGUCCACACCAGCAACAAGGAGGACCUCGACUACCUGCAGGACCUCGUGGCGAAGAGCGAGGGCUACUACCACGUCGUGGACACGGGCGAGUGCGAGGGCAUGAAUUUCAGUUGUAUUUGGGAUUCGGUGGUCGAGGAUGAUACGAUAUAUGUGAAGAUUGACGAUGAUAUAAUUUUCAUACAUCCAGAUGCGAUCCCUCAGCUCGUGCACACACGGAUCGCCACCCCCCACGCCUACGCCGUGUCCGCCAACCUGGUCAACAGCCCGCUGACAGGGUACGAGCACUUCCACUACGGCGCCAUCCACCCCUUCCUGCCCGACCCGCGGGCCAAGCCCUCUCACCCGGCGGCCGAGUCCUGGCGGCCCUCGGAAAGGGGCUACUUCCCGAACUCGAGCAUGCCGACCUUCAACGUCAGCUCGCUGAGCGACGCCGAGGUGGAGGAGCUCGUGUACCCGAAGCGGCCGUACUUCGGGCACCCGUUCCUGCUGCUGUCGGACAACCCGUUCGACCUGAUGAAGUCGCCGAUGGGGCUGAACCACAUCCGCGGCGCCAAGGUCGGCGUCGAGACCGCGUACCGGGUCGCGUGGGAGUCGUGGGCCGUCGCCGCGCAGCAGCAGUACUCGCUGCUCAAGAACCUCGAGGAGAACGCCGUGGCGCGCUACUUCUUCGGCUCGCCCCAGAGCUUCCCCACCACCACCACCACUGCCCCGAACGGGACGAACCAGUCGACGGCGGUGCCGGAGCGCUUCAGGCACCACGCGCUCAACGCCGGCGGCCCCGGCGGCGAGCAGCUCUACAACACGCAGUACCGGCGGUACAACCUGAACUUCAUCGCGGUGUGGGGGUCCGACAUCGCGGCCGCGCUGCCCAUCGCCGGCGACGACGAGCAGGACAUCACCGUCGACAUCCCCCUGCGCACGCACCGCCCCUUCCUGAUCGACACCCGCGCCGUCGUCGGCCACCUGAGCUUCUUCCCCCAGCACGAGGGCGUGCGCGAGACGGAUCUGCUGGACAGGUGGCGCGCGUUCGCGAACGAGAUGAUUUGCGCGCCGGGUAAUCGGAAGAGCCCGUUUGAUAAGCGGUGUCCGGGGUUUUAAGAGUAAGUCGGGGAGGUGGAGAUAUGUAGGUAGGUAGGUAGGUAGGUAUAAUAAUAGGUAUACCUGUGUAUUGGAGGGAGGGCAUGGAAAGGGAAGG